AUGUUAGGUGCAUCACCUCGAAAAUUAAUGACACACAUAAAUAGAGAAGAUUUUCGAAAUCUCGUACACAAACUCGAUCCUAAAUUUGAUUUUAAACGUCAACAUAUUCGUUCAUCGGAUAGUUUAGAAAAAAUUAUUGAAAUAUUACAAGAAAUUGAAAAAUACAAAUUAAAAAUAUUAUUAAAAUCAUCGUCUUCGACCAACAAUGAUGAUCAACCAAUGUUACAAAAACAAUAUCCCCUGUUAUUUAUUCAAGAAGAUUUUUCAGCCGGUGGUAUUGGAAGUUAUUUAGUGUCAAAAGAUGAACAGAUAUAUAAAAUAAAUAACAACUUGACAUUUAAUACACUUGACGAAAUCGGUUCAUUUAUCAAAAAGAAAAAUGUCGAUAUGAUUAUUGCGCCAUAUUAUGAGUAUAAAAAUCAACAACCACCAAAUCCAUCUAUUGGAAUUAUUUUAACUGAUAAUGGUGUUAGUGCGUUUAUUGUUGGUAAUCAACGUCUCGAUCAAAAUGGUGGAUACUAUGGUAUUGAUAUAUCAUUAAAUUGUUUUACAUCAGAUAUCAAAACAUAUUUUGAUCAACAUCAUCAACGUCUAUUAACACUAGCUAUUCGAUUAGCUCAACACGAACAACAAAUGGGUCGACGUGGUUAUGGAUCAAUUGAUACAUUUAUGUAUUUAGAUAAUAGACAUGAAUUACGAAUGGGUAUAUCAGAAGAAAAUCCAAGAUUUACUGGUGUCUGUCCAAUACUGAUGACCGUCAUAGGACAUAAUAAAAUGCGACAAUUUAUUUUAGAACAUUGUCGAUUACCGUGUAUCAUCUCAAAUGAUCAUACAAUUGUCAAUGUUAAAAAAUCAUCCGUAUUAUCAUUAAAAACAACACAUUUAACUCAAAUAUUAAUUCAAAACCACGUUCCAUUAUUCACCAGCAAUAAUCUCGAAGGUGUUAUAAUAUUAAAUUGUCCACAGCCACCGUUAUCAUUGCAUGAAGAAAAUACCGAUCAACGUUUUCGAGUUGCUCUGGCUAUUAUAGCUUUAACAGAACAGAAACGAAACGAAAUUCAAACACGACUGGAAGACGUAAUAAACUCACAUUUUUGA